AUGAGAUCUUCAUUAACGUUUCGUUAUUUUAAAUUCUUCGCCGCUCUUGGCACUGGAGGUAUUCUUGCCUGUUGUCUCUUGAUGUAUCUCUUAUUAGAUUUGACAUUUACACCAAAAAAAACAGCCAUCAAAGAUUCUGUUGAAAAUAAUCAAUGGGUUCAUCUUGAAAAUAGACUGACUAAGUUAGAGGAAGAUUUGAGUAAUCAUCAUAAAGUAAUUGAUUCAAUAAAAGAAGCAUCAAAUUCAAUACAAAGUGGACAUCAUUCAGUGAAUAAUAAGAAAAACAACGAUUUUACAGCAUCAAAAAAAUUAUUAACAUGUAAUUUCAAUAUUGAAAAAGCUCCAGAAGUUGAUAUCCAAAUGUUAGAUUUAUACCGUCAAUUAGAAUUCGAUAAUCCAGAUGGUGGUGUUUGGAAACAAGGUUGGGCUAUACGUUAUGACGAAAAACAGUGGCAUCCUAAAAGAAAGCUAAAAGUAUUUGUUGUUCCUCACUCUCACAAUGAUCCAGGAUGGUUAGACACGUUUGAAAAAUAUUAUGCUCAAAAAACACAACGUAUUUUAAAUAACAUGGUGAUGAAGUUAGCUGAAGAUAAACGGAGAAAAUUUAUUUGGGCGGAAAUAUCAUUUUUCAAAUUAUGGUGGGAUGAGCAGACUAAAGCAACACGCGAAAUGGUGAAGCGUUUAAUUGUUGAUGGACAAUUAGAGAUUGUAGCAGGUGGUUGGGUAAUGCCUGACGAAGCUGUGUCUCAUUGGAUGGCUCAGCUAACUCAAUUGACAGUAGGUCAUCAGUGGUUGAAAACAAAUCUAGAUUAUCAGCCUACCAGUGGAUGGGCUAUUGAUCCCUUUGGAUUAUCACCUACUAUGCCAUAUUUAUUAAAAAGUGCUGGAUUAGAAAAUAUUCUUAUUCAACGGGUUCAUUAUGCUGUUAAAAAACGUUUAGCUAGAGAUAAGCACCUUGAAUUUCGGUGGCGUCAAUUAUGGGAUACCACUGGAUCAACUGAAAUAUUAACACACUUAAUGCCAUUCUACAGUUACGAUGUACCACACACAUGUGGUCCAGAUCCGAAAAUUUGUUGCCAGUUUGAUUUUUUCCGAUUACCUAAUUUCGGAUUAAGCUGUCCAUGGAGGGUACCACCGCAGACAAUUACAAAAAAAAAUGUAGCAAUGCGUGCUCAAUUAUUAUUAGAUCAAUAUAGAAAAAAGUCACAACUAUUUAAAUCAAAUGUAGUAUUAGCACCGCUGGGUGACGAUUUUCGCUAUGCCCAAAGCUCUGAAUGGGAUGCGCAAUUCGGUAAUUAUCAAAAAUUAUUCGAUUAUAUGAAUAAAAAUGAACAAUUAAAUGUAGAUAUUCAAUUUGGAACACUAACUGAUUAUUUCAAUGCUUUAAGAGAUGAACAAAAUAUUAAUGAAUUACCUAGUUUAUCUGGUGAUUUCUUUACGUAUGCUGAUGAAAAUCAAGAUUACUGGAGCGGAUAUUAUACCUCACGUCCUUUCCACAAGAGACUUGAUCGUGUUCUUCUAGGUGCCCUGCGGGGAGCUGAAAUAUUAUCAGCAAUAGCGUGGGCACGUGGUCAUGAACAUUUAGCAGAGAGUACCAAUGAAAAACGUAUGGUUGAAGCAAGACAAUGGCAUUCGCUGUUCCAGCAUCACGACGGUGUGACUGGUACUGCAAGAGAUGAUGUUGUCAUUGAUUAUGCACAAAAAAUGAUAAACUCUCUCAACAAUACAGCUCAUAUUAUUCAACAGUCUGCAGCGCACUUGUUAAGAAGUGCCCAAGGGCCAGCUUUACAACCAGAAUCUCUUUAUUUUUCUCUAGACGAAGUUAGAUCUCAUCAUACAAGUAUUGGCGAACGAUACGUACUUGCACUUAGUAGUGAUCAAUCUACUGAGGCAGUGAAGCGUUUGAAAAAAAAUCCAUAA